AUGAUGAAGUUGAGGGACGACAUUCAGAAUUUCAAACAAAAUACGAGUGAACCAAUUCAUGAGUUGCUACUCCAAUAUUUUUACCGAAGUCUUGAUUCAGUUAACAAAGGGAUAGCUGAUCAAUUGGUCCAAGGAGGCAUAAUGCUACAGCCCUUUGAGGUGGCCUCAUUUCUCCUAGAUGGUAUGGCAAGAGUAAAUCAAGCUUGGUACACCAAAGAAGAUCAAGUCUCCCCUCUGUGUUUCAGGCUGACGCAAGGGCAACUCGAUAAAGAAAAAGAGAGGGAUCAAAACAUCAAAAAGAUGUUGUCUCAGAUGGAAGAUUUACAAGAGCACAUGAAAGGCAAAUGUGAAGUGUUUCGCGCAGAGGGGGGUUCUUUUUCUGAUAACUUCAAAUCGGGAUGGAAUCAAGGUCGAAACCACAGAAGGAAUGAGGAGGGUUUCCACCCGCACUAUCAACCGCGGGUUGGAAAUCAAGUUAACAAAGGGAUAGCUGAUCAAUUGGUCCAAGGAGGCAUAAUGCUACAGCCCUUUGAGGUGGCCUCAUUUCUCCUAGAUGGUAUGGCAAGAGUAAAUCAAGCUUGGUACACCAAAGAAGAUCAAGUCUCCCCUCUGUGUUUCAGGCUGACGCAAGGGCAACUCGAUAAAGAAAAAGAGAGGGAUCAAAACAUCAAAAAGAUGUUGUCUCAGAUGGAAGAUUUACAAGAGCACAUGAAAGGCAAAUGUGAAGUGUUUCGCGCAGAGGGGGGUUCUUUUUCUGAUAACUUCAAAUCGGGAUGGAAUCAAGGUCGAAACCACAGAAGGAAUGAGGAGGGUUUCCACCCGCACUAUCAACCGCGGGUUGGAAAUCAAGGUUCUGCUGAUUUGCUAAAGGGAAUGAGAGAUGAUUUUUCUUCACUAAAUAGCAAGGUGAACUCUCAUGCUAAUGCCAUCAAGAUGCUGAAAGGUCAAUUGAACCUCAUAUCGGCUCAACUAACAACCACGAUGCCAAAGGAAAAUGAGGAACAAGAGCUAGCUGUAAUUACCCGUAGCGGGAAGAAAUUGUCCAUCAACCUUCCUUUGGUGGAAGCAUUGCUGGAGAUGCCAGGGUAUGGUAAAUUCAUGAAAGAGUUAGUCACCAAGAAGAGGAUCUUGGAUUAUGAAAUGAUUGAAGUGCCUUAUAGUUGCAGUGCGAUCAUGACAAAAGAGUUAAUCACUAAAAGAGAAGACCCUGGUGCUUUCACCAUCCCGUGUACUAUUGGAAUGCUCCAAUUUGCCAAGGCUUUAUGUGACCUAGGAGCAAGCAUCAACCUGGACUCAUAUGCCAUAUACAAGGAACUUGGAUUGGGAAAACCAAGGCAACUACCAUGA